GGCACUUUCAGAAUUUUCUGAUUUUCAAUGAAACAAGACACUUGAGAGUUGAAAGCGAUUCAUUUUCGUUUCUCAAUUAUUUCAAUGUUCUCGCGAUUGUCUCGUUGCGGUGUUAACUAGCUGUUUACUGGAAGUGCAGUGGUGUGCAGUGUUAAAUUGUUUUUUACUUCGUACAUCCACAGCAAUGGAUGAAAAACUAUUGUUGGACGAUGUUUCCAGCAGUUUAAGAGAUCGAGUGUUUUUCGCUGCUAGAGAUGGAAUGGCUUUAACGCUUUACGCGUUAUUGUAUGAAAAAAACACAGAUGAGAUAGACGACCUUUUAAACAACGAUGUAUGCUGUGAUGGAGUCAAAUGUACACCACUUAUUGCUGCUGCAAGGCACGGGCGCGAAGCCGCCGUACGAAUACUUUUAGAUAAAUUCCGUCCACCUGUAAGACUUGAAACGGAAGGCACUGUAAAGUUUGACGAAUAUGUCAUUGAAGAAACCAUCAGGGAAUUUUUGUACUUGACAGGAGCCACAGCGCUAUGGUGCGCGGCGGGCGCUGGCCACUUAGGCAUAGUGAAAAGACUUGUCCGAGCCGGGGCCAACGUGAAUCAUGCAACGAAGACUUUAAGUACCCCACUGAGAGCUGCAUGUUUUGAUGGCCGCUUGGAUAUCGUGAAGUAUUUAGUCAGGCAUGGUGCGGAUAUUCACAAGGCUAACAAAUACAAUAACACCUGCCUAAUGAUUGCGGCGUAUAAGGGGCAUUUGGAUGUCGUACAAUUUUUAUUGGAGAGUGGAACAAGAGUGGACGAUAGGGCACUUUGCGGUGCGACUGCGUUGCAUUUUGCAGCUGAAUGUGGACAUGCAGCCGUCGUUUGCGCACUGAUGGACCACAACGCCAAAAUGUUGACUAACCAGAACGACAUGACACCGCUGCAGUGCGCAGCGGAACGUGCGCGCGCGUCGGUAGUGGAAAUACUCGCGGCGAGACCGGAUGUUACGCGCGCUCAGGCGAUCGACGCUUUCGAGUUACUCGGCGCUUCGUUUGCUAAUGACAAAGAAUAUUAUUGUUUACGGAUGGCGUAUCAAUACCUGCACAGAGCAAUGACGAUGAGAUACGACACUCGAUAUGGCCAGUUGCUGAAGAAACCUGCCGAUCCCAUACCGGCUUAUGAUAACUGGCGAGAAAGUACCACUUUAGAGGAGGUGGAGAGAUUACAUGGAAACCCACACGCGUUGCACAUGGAAGGUCUGACAGUCCGCGAGCGGAUUCUCGGUCGCCAAUGUCCAGAUCUGCCCCACCCGGUCGUGUUUCGGGGCGCGGUUUUUGCUGACGAAGCAAGGUUCGAACGGUGCCUCGCGUUGUGGAGACACGCCCUUACACUACGGAUUCUCAAUUCUGUGUCGGUUGUGAAAGAUCUACUGAGGUUCGCUCAGGUUUUUUCGCAGAUGAUUCAUAUUGGAAUUGAAUUACCGCUUUUUCAGGUAUGUUUUGUAUUGGAGGCUUGCGCUGAAGAAUUGCGAAGAGGUAUCAAAAGGCUCGAGUCUGAGAGUGACACAGAAGCUUUGAUAGAGGAGUACGAGAGCAAUGUGCGAACUGCUCUCUAUCUCGUUGCUGUUGCUGCUCGAUUGCUUGAGAAUCCUAAUAAUGAUGAGCAAACAAACAGACUGACAAGAUGUUCAGUGUUCAAUCUGCGUGAUGUGACUCUUCGUACGGGCGGUACCCUUUUACACCUAGCCGUGGACAGACGGACGCCAGUUGACGAUUUUCAUACUAGUGAUGUUUGCCAAUUCCCUUGCACAAGAACAACUAGACUGCUUCUCGAGUGCGGCGUGAAUGUGGACGUAGCCGAUGACUCGAGGAGAACUGCGCUACACGUUGCGUUGCUGUCCUAUCAGUAUAUGCCUGUCCUAUGUGUAGAGGAACGGGAGGCCUGGAGCGAGGCGUUGUGCGGCUGUGUGUGUGAGUUGCUCGCACGCGGCGCACACGUCGACGCCAUGGACAUGGACGGGAUAACCCCUCUCGUCGCUUCCAUUGGAGGUCCAGCAGAGUCUUUAGUCCGUUCUGCGCUAAACCCCAGGCUGAGCUGCUUAGCAGCGUCUGCGCUUGCGCACCACGGAUCGAAGUACCGUCCCGAACAAGUGCCAAAAGACUUACACGAUUUCCUCAUCAUGCACGGAGUUUAUCCAGUAUAAUUUAACUUUAAUUUCAUUGCAAAAUAAACUUUAAUUCGAAGCAACAAACACGUAAUUCAUAUAUUCUUCACUAACCUAUUUCAGUAAAGAUUGUAUGAAUUACUCUGAAGAUUAGUUGUUACUAGACUGUCCCUAUAUGUUACGUCAAAUUUAGGAACUGUUCAAAGGCUCGGAUAUUAUUAUAUGCUUUAAAAUAUAGGUUAACCAUAGAUAUCAUAUCAUGGCACGUAUCGGCAGAUGACAGUCUAAGUCACGAUAGUCGUGUGACGUCUUUGACAUAUCCCGUAUAUUAUUAUCUUCAUAAUAAUUUCUAAAAAAUGUAUCGAUGUGUUAUUUUUAUAUAACUAAUUUAUAUAGCAAAGUUGGGUUAGAUUAGAAAAUGCGGAAGGUUCGCGUAAAAAUUGAAAUGUCAGCGAAACUAUAGAGCAAAACUUGCCAUUUAAUUUAACAUUUCCUCGACAUAGACAAUAAUUACCUACUUUAUAGAUUCGAUUAAUAUAUUCCUAUUUACAGAUUAUCUAUGGAAAUGAAAGCAUCGAUGUAUAUCAUAUGUCAAAUUGUUUGUCUUCGUUAUUGUCGGAAAACUAGUCUGUGUAAUGUUUAAUAUGCAAAGGCCACAGAUUAUAUAGCUGUUUGACCAGUUCCUAAAUUUAACUUGCCUUAUACAGGGUGUCCCAUAAAUCAUGAGUGACAGUGAAGUAGAAACUCAGGGAAUUAAAAAAAUGUUAUUCUUUAAAUUAUUGCCAUGCCAAAAGGUUUUUACAGUCAUCUAUCCGAAUGUGUUAAGAACUGUCCUAUGCAAUAUUGGCAAGUGGCAAAAUUAUGACGCAUUUAAACCCAAUUCCAACUUCUUACUUCCUCUUUUUUCUGGGUUUAAGUAUAUUGUUGACUUCGGUUUGACGUUAUUUUUUGGGACACCUGUUUUAAUAUUGACAACGACUUAUGGGUUUUCAUAUAAAUACUUGUACGGACUCGUAUCAUAAUUAGUUAUUUACGAAGCUUCUAUUGAUAUUCAUCGAUAUCAUUUAACAUUUUAUGUUAGAAAAAUAGUACAAUGGUUGUAUAGAGGUGAUAUUAUCUGUGUAAAACUGGAGUAUAUUCCGUCCAAACUUUUGACAGCGAAACGUCGGAUUUAAAAUGUAAAAAACGCGUUUCAACCUUUAAAUUGGGCUUUGGUUUCCUAUUAUGCAUUUUGACAAUGACAAAUGACAUCAAAUGCGCUACUGUAUAUUGACAAAGUGUCUGCUGUCAAAAGUAAAAAGGUCGGAAUAUAUCCGGCAUAAUUUUUGUGUCUAUUACCUUUGAAACCACGUUACGAAUUCUAUAAGUAGAAUUUGAACUGUGGUUGUUUAAUGUUUAUUUAAAUGUUUAUCCUAUUCAAAGAUGGCGUUGAAUCUUUGGUUCGUAAGAGAUAUAUUUAUUGAAUCGAGCCUCGUUUGGCCAUUUAUAUUUUUUAAAUAUAUUAUAAGGAAAUAUAAUUCACUCGUUCUAUGGCGAAAAUGCCACACACUGAUAGUUUGAAUACGUACUUAUGUAUAUAUUUUCAUAUUAACCUAAUUUUUAUUAUAGUUCUGAAUAUAUUUUUGGAUAAGUUAUGUCCGAAAUGGUAAUUUGCGAUUUUUUUUAUAAUCCAAAUUGAACAUUACAAUUUGCCAUAGCACUCCAAGGUCGGGCACAAAUUAAAACAAUAAUUACUCUUAAAAUGACGGCUGUCAAAUGGUCUACAACUUGAGUUGACAAUUUACCGUUUCGGGCGUUAGUUUUAAUGACACAGAUAUAUCAGUUAUUUACACGAACUACAUUUUGAUAUUAACUGUAAAUAUUCUAAAUUAAUUUUAUUGUUAUUUGAACCGAUUUUGUCUGCCAUAUGUUUUUCGUCCAUCUUGUAUGUUAAAGCAUUUAUCAUACGAAUUGUAAAAUGAGUUGAACACGGAGAAUGUGUUCGAGAUGUGAUGCAACAUAAUAUUAUCAAAUGGCUCAAAGUUAUAGAUUAAGUGUGAGAUUGGGUAAUUUUGAUCGACAAAAAUAAAAAAAUCUUAAUAAUCUAUGUUCCUACAUAGAGCAAAUUUAAAAAUACAUGACACCACAGAGCACAGAAGCCAUUUCGAAACUGACAGUUCAAGUUCAGUUGACAAUAUUCAAAUUAAGAAAUGUUAUUCAAUAUUACUCAAACUCAAUGCAUGCAAAUAUUUAAGGAAAAAUACAAUGUGAUAAUUAUAGAAUAUUUUAGGCUAGGAAAGCCUCACGGGGCUUCUAGGUAAGAGAUUUUGGCCUUUGAAUUUAAUAAUGAAUAUAUAAUUCAUAAGUGUCACUGACGUGGCAUGACAUAUUAUCGAUUCGAUGUUCGAUUUGACGUAACAGACAUUGACAUUGACAAUUUACUGUUGAAAUUUCUUUUGAAUAAUUGUGUAAAUUAAGUUGAAUCGAACGCACAAUUUAGUAGCAUAGAUUUGCUAGUAUUGAGAUAUUUUAUAUUUAAGUUAAUAAACUCGGAUAAGAUGCCUUAAAUAUAAUAAAAUGCAAGAACAGUGAUGCUAAAACUUUCCAGGUCUGGACUCAAAUCAAAAAUCAAACAUUGGACAUUGGUCCAGGUUUGAUUUUGAGACUAUGGUUUCUUGAUUACUGUCAGUGAAAAAGUUUUAUUUAUUGUUUAUAAAGAAAGUUAUCUACUAAGAUUAAUUAAACUAAAAAGGAAAUUUACGUGGAUUUGCAAGAAAGAGGCAUCUAUCCCAGUUUUACAGUAUACAAAACUAUUUUACAGCUAAUUAAGUUUAUUUUAUCAACUUUGACUUAUCAGACGGGUCACUAUGCUAUCAGUUGACUAGGUAACAAAACAUAAUGAUCUUCUAUCCAAUUUCAAUGGAAGAAUUUUUGUUGUGCAUAAUAGUCCAUCUGAAACGAUUAGGUCUUGUUGAAGAAUAAAGAUUCUGUAUAUUUUCGUGAUGUCGCUCAAAUGAUGGCCAUAAUGAGCUUAUAGAUAGUAAUUUCUGCUAUACGCCGGUAGUCUAAGGCUUUCUAACUAAAUCUCUAUUUUUCUUGAAAGAGUUAAGAUUAUGCAUAUCAAGGACCAGUCUAAACGCAGCUUUAAUUAACUUAAAUUAUUCACGAAGUUUCCGUUAAUUAAAGUUGCGUGCGUUGUCGUUAACUAAGGUAUGUUUCAAAGAUAUGUAAUCCCAAGUCUCUUAGAGUAAGAUUCUGUCGGGACACCGUUACUGACCAUAUGUCAAAUACGUUUUUGACAUAAUAUAUAGUGAUACAGUUCUAUUCCUAACCUUUAGUUAUUUCAAAAUCUCUUUUCUUGGGAAUUUUAACUGCACUGUCUUAUAUAUAUUUUUUUACAUAAUUUUCAAAUUCGUCAAAGGUUGGAUGGUUCAAUGCAUUUCGGUUUGAUUCCGGUUUUGUAGAAUUUUAUGAAAUUAAAUGUGACAGUAAUUGCUGUAGGCACAGGUUUAAAACCCACUGGUUCUUAGAAAACCCAUUAGUAACAGUAUUUAUUCGUAUUUGCGCAUGGAGAUUACGUAAAAUUUGAUAAACGCGAAACAUUAGUGAUUUGUAUGGUCGUGAGCGACGCUCCUUGGUUGUAUUUGGAUGUAAAGCAACGCGAAGCGAACGUAUAGAAAAUCCUUUUGACAGUCCGUAUUUAUUCGAACUAGAGAACGCGAGAAAUAGAUUAUCUAUAGUGAACAUUUUGUUUAAAGAAAGACAAAGGCCUCUAGAAAGAGAAAGAGAAGAAACGAAAAGAAAAUGAUUUUUUUGGGUAGGUACGUUAUAUGUAGGUUUUGAUGCAACACUCACAAAGGUUUAACAGUUUUGUUUUAAAUUCUCAUCUCCUUGUAAUAAGUUUUGCUGUGAAACACACUUGGGUGGGAUAAAUUUUACGUAUAAGCCAUAUAUACUUUGUAUAUAUUUUGUGAUUAAAUAAUUCGUUAGUGCCUUAAUUAGUUACAAAUACGCCGAAGGAGCCAAGUUUCAUACAAAAGUUUUCGUUGCUAUUUUUACGUAUUGCUGUGUAUAGAAUUAUCGAAAAGUUUCUUACGCUGAAUAUAAUAUGAUUUUUACAUGUCUAGUUUGUAUUGUGUUCAAUUAUUAUUUAAUGGCUUUAGUGAUCAGUGCAGUUAUUUUCGUGCAAUAUUGUUUAUCCAUGGCCCACUGCACUUAAAUCUAGUCAAACUGUUAAAAUUAGUGUUUAGUUCGGGAUUUGUAGACAUUUUUUAAUAAAUUGGUUUAAUUU